GAAGUUCUGUAUUACGAACUUACGGAGGCUGCUAUAUAUAAUAGCUAUGAGGAAUUUCAUGAGCCGCCGGAAGAACUUUGUUGGGGAAAAUCGAGAGACCCAGAGGUUCAGCGAAGUGUUUGAGCCUGCGAAGAUCCAGUGCGAUCUGUCGUCCAAAGGAGUCGAAUGGAUCUUCAAUUGCCCGGCGAACCCAGAGGAGGGUGCCUGGGAAAGGAUGAUACAGUGUGUCAAGAAGGUCUUGGCGCAUACUAUGAAGGAGCUUGCGCCCAAGGAGCACGUACUGGAGAACCUGUUGAUUGAGGCGGAGAGCAUAGUGAACUCUCGUCCGCUCACUCAUCUAACAGUGACGGUGGACCAAGAGGCACCACCGCCCAAAGAUCUCUUAAAGGGAAGAGAUGGAUGCAUGAGUACCUGCCGACGCUUGUGCGCAGGGAGAGAUGGUGCCAGCACGUCGAGCCCAUUCGUCGAGAAGAUCUGGUGUACAUAUGUGAUCCGGCCAUACCACGAAGAGUGAAAACGAGGCGUCGUGGAAGAGGUGUUCACCGGAAGAGAUGGAGUACCUCCUCGAGCAGCGGUGCGGACUAACGAUCGAGCCAAGACGACAAUGCGUCCCGCUUCGAAGUUAACUGUCCUGGACGUUAUGAAUGCUUCGCUUCACGCGGGCGGGGAUGUUGCGGAACGGAUUAGGGCUAUCGAUAGUUAGUGCAGUUUCAGUUAGAGCCGCAAGAAGUCAGUAUUUAUUGUGUCAGGAUUUCAAAAUCUAUGUAUUUGGGCACACUUAUUUUGGUAAAACUUUUGGCAAACUUAGAUUUGGCGGAUCGAAUUACACCGAUUUGAGCCAUCACAGAGAGAGGGAAGGAAAACUGCGAAUAAAACAUUCAAACUAUCCACACGAA